AUAAUCAAUCAUUAUGGCAUAUUCAUAUAAUAUAAGGGAUUGUCGGUUGGAAAAUGUUAAUAAACUUUUGAAGGCGCAGCUUUUCUUCAUCAUGCGAGGUCUAAGUUUGGAUUGUAACAUGUUCAUUAAAAUGAUAUGUGUAGCUACUGGAGCCAUGUGGAUAAUGCUUGAAAGUUGUAACUGUACUUCCAAAACAAUACGGAUUCUUGAGACGCCAAAUAUAAAGCCCUUAUAUCUGAAUGUAUCGAAAUCAAUGAAGGAUAACCGAGUUACAGUGUAUGGAGGAUUCAAGUGUCCCGAUGACACAACUGCAGAAAUUGACGACGGCACGAUUGUCAAAUUUGAAAAAGUAUCAAAUUCUGGGGGAAGUGCAACAGGCUUUGAAUUGGUUUUGUAUUACGAUAUGUGGAGAUAUUUGGCAAGACUAACGCUUCGCUCGAAAUCUGCCUCAGAAUUUUUGCAGAUUUAUUUGAGGGGGAAGGUACAUAACUCUGUACAGACCGACAUUAUUGGAAUAAACUGCUCAGUUGGAAUAAACAUGUCAUCCAAAGGUCAAACCACUACGUACACUUCCGCUAUUCAAAACUGUAACGACGGCGUCUAUGAUAAAUUUGUUAUGGUGUUGAAUAAAUCUGGUGAGAUAAUUCGACUCGAUUCAAACAUUUAUUGCUACUCCUUACAUGCGGAAUAUAGGAAGUAUUUUAAAUCAAUAUGUUCAUUCCAUGACCCCGAUGCUCCUUUAUAUGUUACGUUCUACGAAGACAAAAAGGCCGCUGACAAUGUUGAACUUCUUUAUCUCAAUUACAUGUUCGGUCCUCUUGGAUAUUGUUCAAAUAUAUGCAUUGCAAACAUGAGAUGAUGGUUUUUCUCAAUCAUUUAGCUCCGUCAGCUAUCAAGUAUAUAAAAAAAAUCAAUCUUUAGGCUUUUGUUCAUUUUUUUCCCCAGGUUUGUCCCAUGAAAAAAAAAUUAAAUUUCUAAAUUAAUUAACGGGAAAAAAAUGAACAAUCGUGUAUUCAUUGGUUUGCUUUUUAUCUUAUCAUAGUUCUGUAUUAAGUUAAUGUACGUUCAAAAUAAAAAAAAAUAUUAAAAUUAA